AUGGCCGACAGCGAUGAUGAAUACGACCGCCGCCGCAGAGACAAGUUCCGGAGGGAGAGGAGCGACUACGAUCGUUCCAGAGAGCGGGACGAGAGGAGGAGAGACGACUGGAGCGACAGGGAAUGGGACCGAGGACGGGAGAGGAGGAGCCGAGAGUACCGCGACUAUGACAGGAGCAGAAGGGAGAGGUUCUCUCCUCCGCGCCAUGAGAUGAGUCCCCCCCUCAGAAGCGGAUGAGAAGAGACUGCUCUGACCCGUAUCACAGCGGCUACGACAUGCCCUAUUCUGGUACUUCCGGUGGCCCAGCCUACGGUCCUCCUCAGCCAUGGGGACAUCCCGACAUGCAUGUCAUGCAGCAUCCUGGUAUCCCCAUACAGGCAAGGCUGGGGAACCUACACGAUGUAGACUUGGGGACUCCUGCCCCAGUGAUGAAAACCUUCAAAGAGUUCCUGCUGUCCUUGGAGGACACAGUGGACGAGACGGAAGCCGUCAGACGCUACAAUGAGUACAAAUUGGAGUUCAGACGUCAGCAGAUGCAGGACUUCUUCCUGGCCCAUAAAGACGAGGAAUGGUUCCGCUCCAAGUAUCACCCGGAUGAGGUGGGCCGCCACAAACAGGAGUCCCUGGCAGCCUUGCGCAAUAGGCUCAAUGCUUUCCUCUAUCUGAUGGACAACGGGUGGUUGACAGAGAUCCUGCUGGAUGUGGAGAGGGCGCCAUCAAUCAUCAAAGUGCUGGAUGCAGCUGUCAUAAAAAAUGGAGGGAGGAACGGAAAUCGACUUGAAGAUUUUAGACGAGGAGGAAGAGCAGGCCAAAAGGGAAGCAGCCAAGAAAGAGGCCGCCAAGAAGGAGGAAGGCCGAACCUCCGACGGGGCCGCCAAACCGGCCGAAGAGAAAGAGGCGUCUGCUAAGACUGAUACAGAGAAGGAGGGGGAAGUGGAGGAAAAACCAGCCAAACCCGAAGAGGAAGAAGAGCGGAAGGUGGAGAAGGAGGAAUCGGAGCGGGAGACCAGAAAGUCGACCAAGAGAAAGAGGAAGCGCAGCGGGGACAGCGAUGAUGGCAGCGAUUCGGAGUCUGGAUCGGGCUCUGAACCCGGCAGCCCCAAACCGGAGAGAGAGAGUCGUGAAAGAGAAAGCCGGGACAGGGAGAGUCGGGAAAGAGAGCGAGAGAGUCGUGAAAGAGAGCGAGAGAGCCGGGACAGGGAGAGCCGGGAAAGAGAGCGAGAGAGCCGGGACAGAGAGAGCCGGGACAGGGAGAGUCGAGAGAGGGACAGGGAGAGCCGGGAAAAAGAGCGAGAGAGCCGGGAAAGAGAGCGAGAGAGCCGGGAGAAGGACACUCAGCGGGAGAAGGAGACGCAGCGGGAGAAGGAGAGUCAAGGGCAGAAUGGGAGAGUUAUUGUUUUGAUUGGGCAGAGGAUUCCCCUAAGAAGGAAGAAGAGGAGAAGCCAAAAGAAAAAACCAAAGGAGGAUGUAGUGAAGCCCCGCCCCUUACACAAGACCUGCUCCCUCUUCAUGAGGAACGUGGCCCCCAACAUUUCCAAGGCCGAAAUCACUGCGCUGUGUAAGCGAUACCCAGGAUUCCUGCGGGUGGCGCUGUCUGACCCUCAGCCUGAGAGGAGGUUUCUCCGCAAGGGUUACGUGACGUUUUGAUCGAGGGGUCAACAUUAAGGAGAUCUGCUGGAAUCUGCAGAACAUUCGGCUGCGUGAUUGUGAGCUCAGCCCAGUGGUGAACAGAGAGCUGUCCUGGCGAAUCCGGCAUGUGAACGGGAUCACACAGCACCGACCGAUCCUGCGCAACGACAUCAAGCUGGCCGCCAAACUCAUCCAUGCCCUGGACGAGCGGGGACAGCUGUGGAUGGAGACACAAGAUGGCCAGGAGGUGGCAGCACAGAACCCUAUCCUGAAGAACAUCACAGAUUACCUCAUAGAUGAGGUUAGUGCUGAAGAGGAGGACUUGCUGUGGGGUGCAGGAAGGACAGCUGGAGCCGAACCUCCAAAGGAAGGCAAUCCGACGGAGAUCACGGUGGAGAGAGAUGACAAGCUGAUCAAGGUCCUGGACAAGCUGCUCCUGUACCUGCGUAUCGUACAUUCCGUAGAUUAUUACAUCACCUGCGACUAUCCCAGCGAAGACGAGAUGCCGACCCGUUGUGGAAUCAUGCACGUCCGAGGGCCCAUCCCGCCCAAUCGAGUUUCCCACAGAGAAGUGGCCGACUGGCAGAAGACCUUUGAGGAGAAGCUUGCCCCUCUCUUUGCUGUUCGGGAGAGUUUGUCUGAGGAAGAGGCGCUGAAGAUUGGGAAGAAGGAUCCGGAACAGGAAGUGGAGAAGUUUGUGACGGCGAACACCCAGGAGCUGGGCAAAGAGAAAUGGCUGUGUCCUCUGAGUGGCAAGAAAUUCAAGGGUCCCGAGUUUGUCCGAAAACACAUCUUCAACAAACACGCCGAGAAGAUCGAAGAGGUUAAAAAGGAGGUGGCCUUCUUCAACAAUUUUCUGAUUGACACAAAACGGCCAGCACUUCCAGAGGUCAAACCCAUCCAACCUCCGGUGGCUGCUGCACAAGGUAUGUCCUGUAUUGUCACUGAGCUGAGGGAGGGAUAG